UUCAGCGGUUGAAGUGCUGGUUUUGGUAACCGCCUCCUUUACGCUUGGAAGGGAGACGAAGGGGGGAGCUUUCUUCGGAUCAAAGGCUAGUGUGGCGCUGUUGCCGUAGGAUGUACUGAGUGCAGCCUGCUGCUUUCUUUACGGACGCUUCUUGUAUCGUCUGGAAAUCGCUGAUUUCUGGAUUAUAAAUACAUUUGAUGUUUUUCAAUCCCAACUCAAUGCAGAGAAAUGGGUAAACUUCACUCGAAACAUGCUGCGAUUUGUAAACCGAGGGAAAGUCCGGAGGGCGACAGUUUUGUAGUUAAUGCCUGUUUGGCAAGGAAAGGAAUUGACGAUUGGCUCGUGAAACAGAAAUACUAUUGCACGGGCUCGCGGCUUGAGCAACAAGACUGUCACCACACGAAUAAGUGCGGCUUGUCUACUCGGGGAUAUCUUUUAAAGCAGCGUACACAUGGAGAGGCUCUCCUGUUACUUACCCUGUCUGCUGCAGACUGCUCUACUGGCUGCCUCUCAAAGGCAAAGCAGGGGGAUUUGUUGGACAAGGCGUGUGCAGAGGGGAUCAGUGAUGAACAUUACCGUUUAGAAGUGGCUCUGCCCCCGGAGAAGACGGUGGACAGUUGCUGUGUGGAGGAGAAGAUGCAGGGGAGAGGGAGCCAGGCGCCCACAGGGACACAGAAACAGCUCCAGUUUGAAGAGCUUGAGUGUGCCGUCUCUGUAGAGGAAGACAACAGACAGGAGUGGACGUUCACGCUGUAUGAUUUUGACAACAAUGGCAAGGUCACCAGAGAGGACAUCACCAGCCUGCUCCACACCAUCUAUGAGGUGGUGGACACGUCGGUCAACCAUUCCCCCAGCAGCAGCAAGACACUGCGGGUCAAGCUCUCCGUGGCCCCCGACUCCAGCCAGCGCUGGCAGAGCUGCACACAGGGCACCGCAGACAUGCCCCACCCCAGAACCAAGACUGACAAGUGCAUUGAAGACCUUAAAAGUGCAGAGAAGAAGUCUCGAGCCCUCCUCAGGCGCCAUCACAGUGACCACCACACUAUCCAGCACCAGGUUCUGACCCAGCAGGGUCAGGGUCAGAGUCGGGGCUGCCAGCGCCACUGUGUGGAUGAGAACCUGGAGCGCAGGAACCACUACCUAGAUCUGGCCGGCAUCGAGAAUUACACAUCCCGCUUUGGAGCAGCCCCCACCACAGAGCCUGUGAAAGCAGAGCCACAGACCCGACCAUCGAACCAGACCAGGUCUCGCUCUCAUGAACCAGAGAAUGGCCACACCUACUCCCACCACCGUCGCUCACAGGUGGCCAUGGAGAGCAGCGCUGCCCCAGGCCCUGACACCCUUUGUCCCCCAAGACCGAGUAAAGACUCAGGUAAACACGCUCUGCGCUCCCCCAAGACCCACAGCCGCACGCACCCCACACAGACCACCACGGGCAGGGUGAUGAGGAGCAGAGGGGCCCCACCUCCCCCGGCCCUACCCAGCCAGGCCCCCCCUCACCAGUCCUCAGCCCCCUACCGCAGGCACAAGCAGAGGGCCAAGGAGGGCCAACAGCAGUACCGGGCCCUGGGGGCUCCAGUGGGGUCUGUGGUGGAGAAGGAGCAGGUGAGGGUCCUACCCAGUGUGCUCCUCUAUGAAGGAGGGCUGGCCCAGAUGGUUCAGAGGCACGAGCAUCAUCACCACCAUGAACACCACCACCACUACCACCAUUUCUACCAGUCCUGAGCCAGCCAGCCAGCUCUCUGCCCUGCUGCCCCUGGCCCCUGAGCACCUUCUCACAGCCCCACCUCAACCUGGGUCCGCUGCCAGGCCAGUAGACUCUACAGACAGACAGGCCCCUCCCACACAGCACAGUAACAGCACAGCCAGAACUGUGUCACUGUCAGGGGGAGUUGGGUCUUGCAUGGCCCUGUGGGCUAAGAGGACGGGACAUCAAGAGGAGUUGGACAGACAGCGGGAGGUGCAGGGUGAAGAGGGUUAUUAUGGGGUUGUCCAGGCAUGAAGAGUCCCUGUGAGGCAGCAGGACAGUGUCUUGGUCUUCAGGCGUGCCAGGAACCAGGAGCAGGACAGGGCAGAGGGAUGUAACAGGGGAGCCUGAGAGGAACAGAAGGAGAAAAGAGACUUGGCUGUAUGGACUCUCAUCCCUCUGUCUGGUUCCAUGAAACCCUCUACUCUGAAAAACUAGCUGACUUCAAAGCCAUACUGGCACUGCCAUCCUCACAGACCUCUACGUUUUGGGGAAGGGGAAUCAGAGGUGAAGGGCUGGUUUGGAUGGAAAGACUGAUGUAAAAAGAAAAAAUAUAUAUGAUGCUCAGUGUCCAGUGAGUUUGUGUUAGAGAGUGCGUGCGUGCGAAAGAGAAAAAUGUGUACAUUUGUGUGUAUGAAUAUACUGUGUGUGUGUGUGUGUGUGUGAGAGAGCAUGUGUGCAUUGGUUUAUAUGAAUAUUUGCGCGUGUGUGUGUGUGGUGUGGUGUCUGUGUGCAUGUAUUACCUGUCUGCUGUGACACCCCUGUCGCCACUGAAAAGCACUUGUGGGUGCAGUUGCAUUGGAGACACUUUGGGCUGUCAGAACAGAGGACUGACAGGCAUUGGCUGGAUAUGAUGAAGACAAGAUCAUCCAGCUCCUGAAUCUCACAUGCAAUACAGGACCCUCCCUGAGAGAACGAUGUUGAAAUGGUCAGUGAGAAUAGAAGACUGUAAUCAGCUGCUACCUCUAGUGUUAUUAAUGGAAUUGUUGGUAUUAUUGUUAUUAAUCAGAUGCUAUUUUUCAGUUACAUUUUGUUUUAUUUUUUAAAGAUGAUACAAUCUGCAAUAAUGUAGUGUUGAAAUGUUCCUACAUGUUUUACCUACAUAUUGUAUGUACAUAUAUUAUCAACAUUAUAAGAUUUAUUUAUAAUGUGACAUUUUGUAUCAACAAUCUACAUUUGUUUCUCACUCAACCCCAUUUUCCUGAUGUACACUAUCGAAAGACCACUAUGUAUACAAUUUAGACCAUCAAAGAUACAACUCUCUCCCUCUAAUAUCACCACACACAGUUCUUUCACACAAAUGGUCAGUGUACACCUUCUCAAGUACAUCUCUGCCUUCUGAACAGUGUCUGUCUAAUCGUUGUGGUUAGCAGUUCACAGUAAGGCUCUUUCUCAUUAGCUGAAUCAUAAGUAUGUGAGGGUUGACAAUCCACAGCAGUCCCAUGAGCCUCCAGGUCUGAUCAUAACACAUGACCCUAACCGCUGUCCCCUCAUGAGGCAUCCCCCUGUCCCCAGCUGUCUGCACCCGUUUCACCAGGCCGCCAUCACGCCAUGUGUCUCCAGCACUCAGGCAACAAGGCUCUGUUUAUGAUGCUGGCUGGGCGGGCUGGGCCGGGGUGGAGGCUCUCAGCUGUCUGUCUCAUUCCUCUGGUGCUAGGUGACACCAGGCCCAGCCCACAGGCUCCACCAGGACCAUAACUCACCCUGCUGAAGGCCUGCUGUCGGACAGGCAGCUUCAACCACACAGGACCUCUCAGAUCCUCUCCCACCCUAGGUGAACCAUCAGAACCCUACACCACUGUUUAGGACAGGUCACUACGGUAUGCCUGCAUCUAGUCCAGGAGCUCCUGACCGAGUAUCAUCUGGUCAGGGUAAAGAGGAAAAUACUGUAAUCGGCAAUGUUCACUCUAUUGUUUUUCAUCACUGAGCAAAUUUCAGGUCUGCUGAGCACAAACUUGAACGUUGUGAAAAUUCGAAGUGUGUUUAAUGUGAACAUUGAGGCGGUAACCGCUUUGUUUUAACAGUGGUCAAGUAGGCUACUGUGGCUAUUUCACAAUGUAGACCUACUAGACUGGCCUACCAUCAAAAACAAUGGAGACAAUGCAUCCCAUAAUAUGUCAACAUGGAAAUAGCUGUUCUAUCAUUCAGCCAACAGUAGCAGACAGUGUGUGGUGUUCAAUGUAGGCCUACAUUCCAUGAAACUUUUGAAAAAAACAUGCAGGGCUUGAGAUUAACCUGUUCAUCCAUCUGGCCUUCAGACAAGGUGACUCAAUGUUGUGUUUGAUGCAAGAAUCCACUUUAUAAAAUAAAAUGCAUUGUUAUUCACAAUACCAUUAUUACAGAGAAUCAGGCAACAUAUGCUACCCUCUGCCUAUUGGCUACACUGCUCCUUUAAGACAAAUAUGCAAUUUACCUGACUUUUCAAAGAUGUCUAGUAAUGCACACGAUUUGUGCUCUUGUAGGAAGCAAUCACUCCCCCAUUGCUGACUACAAAUGAUCUAUAACUGGGCUAAUAACUGACUAACUAGCGAAAGAUAUGAACACAUGUACACACGUCGCUACAUGUAGCUCUGGCUUUGAUCUCAAAACAAACUCAUCUACUCACCACCACUCAUGCUGUAGUUCAGUUCAAAAGUGAAUGGCACAGAUCCAUAUAUGGCAAUGGUCUAUUUGCAUAUAGGCCUACUGCAGGUCUGAUUGGUUAUGGUGCACCGGUCUAUGUAGAGUACAGCCUAUGUUGUGCCUGUCAAUGCAAUAAAAUCCUACUCUGAUGCGUUCUGCCUACAACAGAUCUCUUGCAUAGUUUGUUUUGGUAUGUUGCAUUGAAAGUGGCUUAUAUUGUAUUGAUUCGAUCACAAUUCCUACAGUCAACAGAAACAUGUCAAAUAAUGGGGAAAACUCUAGAAAGUUUGUGCUUCUCUGUGUGGACUGAUAUUUCAUCUGCAUGGCAGUCCUGGGGAAGCUGCACGCCCGCUCUCUUGCGCAUCUUAGAGGGAACAUUGGUAGUCAGUAUGAGCUAAUAGACCUCGCUACUGGCUAUGCGUUGUGAGCAGGUGUGAAGAGUUCACAAAUUCCCCUACAGGUGUGUUGAACCUCACACCAGGUGUGUGGACAUCAAAGCCAACUUUCCACUCUGGGUUAUGUAUAGGUUUAGAGCUUUUACUACAAGUUUCCGUUAGUGUGUGUUUUGGGUCAGUUGAGGGAAUCUGGUGCAUUCCAGUCUUGUCCUGAGUUCCAGUGCUGCCUUCUCUCACAUAGCUGCAGACUGUCCAUUAGCAGAGGCACCAGUCAAGCUGGCCUCACCACGGGACACAGUCACCCACCUCAGCCACCCCCAAGGGGAACUCAGCUGCACCCCAUUCCACAGCCCCUCUCCCCCCUGGAACGCUGCCGCUCUGCGAUCUGCUUGGCACUAGCAUCUGUCUGGCCUAGCAUGGCAGCACCCCAUCUGACAGAGCCCAUCUCAACACUAUAACUCAUGUUGUAGUGUUCACACCACUGCAACACCGCAGCUAAACAGUAGAGUGUGUGUGUGUGUGUGUGUGUGUGAGAGAGAGAAGGUGUCUGCAGUGAUCCCCUCAGACAGACACUGUGGCUAAUAGGCAGGGAUCUGCUUGGGUUCUCAUCCUCAGUUAAACUUACAAUCCCUCCCCCCAACACCACAGGCACUAGAUGAAUGGUGCCAUGUGCCUCUAGAGUACUGUGGUAUUAGUGGGGCAGCACUGGAACAGAUAUCUCUAUGGUGUGUCUGAAAUGGAGCCCUAUUCCCUAUAUAAUGUACAACUUUUGACCAGGGCCCAGGGUCUCUGGUCAAAAAUAGUGCACUGUGCCUCUUUAAAGGGACACUCCAGCUUCACCGGCACCUAAAGUUCUGCUCCAGAAUGCUCCACUGUAUCUUCUUCAUCUGUAAAUGUAUUCAGUUUUGGUAUUUACAGACAAGACUGAAUUAAAUGUUCUCACUGUAUUCCAUCACUAAAUUAUGUUUUGUAAAAUUACUGUAUCUACAUGUUAAACUAAUGUAAAUAGUAUAUGGACUGCAGAAAGGUUAUACCAGUAUCGUGUAGAAGGAAUAAACGUAUUUAUAAUAAUUGAAUGACUGAGCGAAUAUACAGUAUUUCUGCCAAGCUAUCACACUUGCCUACUAUUUUGUCACUUCUCUACUGUAUCCGCUGUGCCAAUCAGUGCUAGCAGGGAAGGAUAGUUGUCUCUUUCUCUCACUUCCUUCACUUCUUCUUGGUGAUUGUUGUAAAUGAAACAUGUCUAACACUUGCUGUUCAGUUCCUCAAUAGCAGACCAGACCCUUUCUCUCUUUUCCCUAAUGGCUUUUUCAUUACUUUGUUUAUAUAGACAGUUUUUGAUUAAUUGCUUUAUUUAUUUGAUAGCAGAACUGUGCCGAGGGAGAUACCCUUUCAUUAAAGUAUGAACCUGUUCCCUAGAA